CCGCCCCCGCGGACACGCAGGAUAUCGCUGGCGGAUGUGCACAAGCAUACGCUAGUUUGAAGCGGUGUGUACCUCGGUUUCACUUGUCGUCCAUUCCUGUAAAUGCUGUUCAUUUUGCAGUAAGAACAGCAAUUUCACACAUGACAUUUUAACACCUGGUGCUAAAACCAUAACGGCCAGAUGAGUGGGCCCUACACCACCCUCUCUGCAGAGGUGGCAGAGAUGAGCCGCAUCCAUUAUCAGUUGGAGUACACAGAGGGCAUCAGCCAGAGGAUGCGAAUACCUGAUACCAUCAAGGUGGCUUCGGGGAACCCUUCAGAGUCCCUACAAUUUCAGCAGCCCCUGCCCAUUCACACAACCAUGAUGCAGGUGCCGGAGAGGAUCAUCGUAGCAGGUGAUGAUGGCGACUCUGAAUUUUCUCGUCCUCGAGACUUGGAUCUGAUCCAAUCGAUCCCUCCCAUGGACCUCCUGGACAUGAAGGCCCCCCCACGUGUCCUCACUCUUGCAGAGCAGCCACUGGACUCUAUGGAAACGGAACAAACUACCGCUUCUCAUAGCAAUCCCAGCCAGGUGGCUCACUUUCACUCUCGGUCUCGGAGGGAACGCAGUGCGAGUGAGAACAUACAUGGCCGCCACAGCUGUCAGAGCGUCAGAGGUGAUGUAAGUGUAACCCCUUCCCCUUCUGCCCCCCCAGUCCGGUUGUGUCCCCCCCUCUGUUCCCCUGAGGAUGCGCACAUCAACCUGUUUACAGCUGCCGGCUUCAUGUAUUAUAUCCAGUCGACGACACGCCGGGCGUACCAGCAGGUCAUCGAGGUGCUGGACGACACCCCCCGCAGGUCCCACCUGGAGCUGGCUCUGGAUAUGAACCCUGAGGAGUCUGGCCUAAUGGACGCCUCGUCACUGCGACGGCAGAUUGUGAAGUUGAACCGCCGCCUGCAGCUGCUGGAGGAGGAAAACAAAGAGCGCUCCAAGCGAGAGGUGAUCCUGUACUCUGCUACGGUGACCUUCUGGCUCAUCAACACCUGGAUCUGGCUCCGGCGCUGAGGUUUGGACCAGACCGAGUCCCCCAGAACACUGGAAGCUAAAGCAAUUCCUUGUUAAAGGUGCAACCAUUGAAAUACACUACUAGUCUUUACUUAAAUUACAGUCAACCACAGGAAACUACAAGAACAUUAGCAAAUGUCCUCCACCAUACAGUACUCGUCUCUUUCUAAUCCUAGCAAGUUCUGUUUUGGGAUUUCACUUCCAAAUGUAAAGCCUAGCGCUGUCAAGAUAUGAUCUUAAGCUGUAUUCACAUGAUAGUAAAACAGCUGUGUGCUGGCGUAUCCGUUGUGUUUCUACGGAGGAGCAGUGCUGCCCGACUAGGCGGCAGAGCUACCCUCGGCAUCGUGUACCAUUUGAAAUGGUCACUGCUCACAUUUCAAAUUUGACCUAGUUACCGCUGACCAUUUGUUGCACACCCAAUCAGGUGAGGGCUGUAUGCAGUGCCACAAUCUAGCAGAGGAGGUAAGGAAACACAACUGACUGUUUUUGCAAAAGGUUAGCAACUGCUUCGAUGUGAAAAGCUGAACCUAGAUACAACACAGGUUCCUGUCGUACAAAUAUAAUUACAACUCAAAUUACAAAAAUAUUGCUAAACUAUUUUGAUAUCGAAUGAUUGUUGAAAACAUGUUGGUUCUGAUACUGUCAAAAAAUACAACAACAUACUUUGAAGCUUUAUUUGACAACAUCAAUAAAAGCUUUGAAUAAUAAUAAUUUGGUACAGCCGUACACUUAUCCGUAGGGAAAACUAAAUGUGGUACCGGUAAUAUAUAUAAUAUGUGGAUCAAAACAAGGAAUGCCUGGUAUAUUUCUCAACAAGCUUUGCUUAGCCUCCCUCACUUCAUGAUUAUUUAGUGCAAGUGCUACUGAUUGCACAUUUAAGCUUGAUAGAUUCUCUGUAAAGGAUGUUACACUGAGGCUGUGAGCUCAUACACAAUGUUUCACUUCAGGAGAAGAAUUAUAAGAGGGGAACACAAGGAUUUACUAAAGCCACAAAUGUUUUGGGAACCUCAGACCUGACCCAUCCUGUCUGUUUGAAGAAAAAAAAACUACCAUAAUAAAAGUGUCAAAUUCAGAUGUCUAAAUCUAGAGAUGCCAUAACAUUUACCCUGGAUGUCCUGAACUCCACACACAAAACAUUCAUGUACAGCCUAUCGAUGUCAAUGUUGUACUUUCUCCUCAAUUUUUUCUUUUACUUUGGAUGAUGUAGCUAACAUGUCAACACAAAUACUUAGGGUGGAAUACUAAGGCUCAUCUGUGCAGUGAUGUUUCUCCAUGCGAUUUCUACUGUUUCAAAGUUAUUGUAGUUGUUUUUUUUAAAGAAUUUGACCACUUGUGAUUUACCUAAGUUACAUAAGAGACUAAAAGCAUGGACUGUGGUUUUAUUCAUUAUAUGGUGUGAAAUAAAUAUUAGAGCUACUAUGUGUAUGAUCAUGAAAUAGAUGGCAAUGUAUACCAUAAUUUAUCACAUCCAAAAAUGUUGCUGUAACCAACUUGUUUUGUUAAACAUACUGCCAAAAGCUGGAGUUUAACUUACAUAUUUAACUUUCUUUGUAAUAUAUGAAUACAUUCAUUGUCUGUUAAUAUUUUUCUGUAAUAAAUGAUGGAUGUCAA